UGCCCUCUGGUUCUGGCCCCAUUGGUGUGGCCGCAGCAGAGGCAAGGUGCCCGUUAGCUGCCCUUGCAGCGUGGCACCGUGUCCCAAAAACACGUGCCUCAGUUUCCCCUGGUGCUGGGUGAGGAGCGGGGGUUGCGGCGCACCCUGGAGGCGAUGUCCCCAAGCAGCUGGGCACGGUGCAGGGACACGGCGUGGCACGGGGACCUGGUGCGCAGCGGGGAUCCCACACACUGCAGGGAUCCCACACACUGCAGGGAUCCCACACCGCAGGGAUCCAGCACCCCAGGCAGGAGGCAGCCGGGGAGCCGAGGUGCAGCUCAGCCCCAUCCUGCACGCUGCAGCCCCGCACCCCACCAGCAUCAGCUCCCCAGGGGAGCAGCGUCCGGGCAGGAUGAGCCCCAGACCCUGGGAACCUCCUGUGGGAAGAGGGUUUGGGGCAGCGGGGCCAGUGCCCUGGGGAGGCCGUGGCGGUGCCAACGCGUGGCCGCUGGCUCCUGGCCGCAGGGCUGGCCCUGGCGGCGCGUCCGGCCGCAGAGCCCGGCGCUGGACGAUGGGGCCCCCGCUCCGCCCUGGGCGGCCCCGCGGUCCCGGAGAGGAGGGGCCCGCCGCCCCCUCGCCGGCAGGGCGCGGGAGGCUGGGCUGCUGCGGGGUUUUAACGGGCUCGGCCGGAGCCGGACGGCAGAAGCAGGAGCAGCAGCAGCAGCGGGACGGCCACGGCCGGGCGGGAGGAUGCAGCCGGACAUCCCCGUGGGCAGCGCGGCUCUGCGCGGCCGGCCGGCCACCGACGGCUCUUUCCCCGGUCCCUCUCCGCCGGUUGUCCCCGAGGCCACCAAGCCGCCCUACAGCUACAUCGCCCUGAUCACCAUGGCCAUCCAGAGCACGCCGGAGAAGCGCAUCACGCUGAGCGGCAUCUACCGCUACAUCAUGGGGCGCUUCACCUUCUACCGCGACAACAAGCAGGGCUGGCAGAACAGCAUCCGCCACAACCUCUCGCUCAACGAGUGCUUCGUCAAGGUGCCCCGCGACGACAAGAAGCCCGGCAAGGGCAACUACUGGACGCUGGACCCCGACUGCUACAACAUGUUCGAGAACGGCAGCUUCUUGCGCCGACGCCGACGCUUCACCAGGAAGAGGGGGCUCCGCGACGCACCAGGUGCCGAGGGGGACGAGGGGCGCAAAAAGCUCCCCAAACCCCGCUCGCGGGGGCCGCCCGCUGCCCUGCCGAGUGAGGAGGGGAAGGCGGAGGGCGGAUUCGCCUCGCCGGUGGCCGCCGGGCGCCUGCUGGGCCCCCCCGAGCUGGCCGAGGGUGCUGGCGGAGGGGUGCCGGGGUGCCCUGAGCCCUGCGCCCGGCGGCCCCCCCCUGGGGCCAGGCAGCCCUGCCUGUACGUGCCGGACGCGCCGCAGCCCAAGGGGCCGUUCUUCGCCAAGGAGCCGUGCUGCCCACCCCCACAUGGGGCCCCCCCGGAGAGCCGGCCAGCGGCCCCCCCCCAACCCAAGGAGACUGCCUUUGGGGGGCUCCCGGCGGCUCUGCAGCUGCCCCGGCCAGGUCAGUACCCGGUGCCCGGCGACCCAGGGACCCCGCGCAGGACUUCCCCGGCCCCCACCGCGUCCCCCCGGGGCGAGCUGGAGUGCAAGGAGUCGGCGGCCCCCACCUUGGGGCUGGGCCAGCCCUUCGGGCAGGUGCCCCCCAUGUUCCCCAGCGCCCUCCUGGGUGCGGGCAAGCCCCCCGCGCCCUGCUUCCUUGACGGCGAUGGCUACAAGCAGCCCCCCGUGCCCGUUUUCGGCUCCUUCGGCCGCUCGGACGAGGCUCUGGGUGGCAGCUACCAGUGCCGGGUGCAGGCGCUGAGCUUCUGCGUGAACGAGCGGCCCUGCGGCACGGCGCUGGAGCAUCUCCUGGCCACAGCCCCCGCCGCAGCCCCCCCUGCCCCUCGCCAGGCACCCUUCGGGGCUGCGGGGCCACGGGCGGGCGAGCAGAAGGAGGCGUGGGGCGCGGGGGGCGCGAUCCCGCUGCAGGGGGGCAGCGGCUACCCUUUGGGGCUGCCCCACUGCCUGUACCGGACACCCGGCAUGUUCUUCUUCGAGUGAUGGACUGCUCCCCCCCCAACCCCCCCAGCCUCCCCCCGGCACCGUGCGGGGCUCCAGCGGCGGAAUAAAGCACGUUCGCCCA